AUGUCAUUCUUCAGAUCACUCAAAUCAAAACUACCGUGGGCAAAAUUAGUAUUUGAUGAGAUACAACAAAGAUGUUUUCGUACGUCACCUGCUACAUCUAAAGGCUAUCAAAUUUCUACGAGCAAUUUAGACACCGUACCUUUACCAUAUGAAUGUUUGCAGAGCCGUGUAAAAAUUUUUGCCGAUAGAAUAGUAAAGCCAUUGUCCUUAAUAGAAAAAGUACUUUACUCUCACUUGGAUGUCCCCGAAAACCAAGAACACAAACGCGGUGAAUCUUAUUUAAAAUUAAGACUUGAUCGCGUUUUCAAUUUAAAUUUAAAUGUUUUUUAA